GUGACUUUACCCGAACCCCUCCCGCGUUACUAGAACCUUCCAUCGUCCCUUAAAACAGCCUUUUCCUCUCGCGUCACCGGCGAGCUUCUUCGCGAAAAAAUGGCUUGCGUAUCUUCUUCCUGUGUUUUGUUUUCCUUCUAAUUGCUACUGAAACACCGAAACCUAAUUCCAGAUCUCUCUCUCUCUCUAUCUUUCUCUCUCUCUGCACCUUUUUCUAUUUCAUACCCAGAUUUCGAUUUCAGCAAUUCGCCUCGAUUGGAUCCACGAUGGAUCGUGAUUCUGCAACUUCUUGGCCCCUGGAUUUCGAUUCCACCCCACCGACGGAGAACUCGUUCGCUACUACCUUCUGCGCAAGGUUUCCGGCAAACCCUUCCGGUUCGAACCAAUAGCCACCAUCGAGAUAUAUAAACACGAGCCCUGGGACCUCCCCUGUUAGCUCUUUGCUCUUCUCUGUGUUUCUUUUGUGUAGAAUGAUUGUCUCUAUGUCAGUCGAAGCUGAAAAGUAGGGAUUUGGAAUGGUACUUCUUCAGUGGGCUGGACAAGAAGUACGGAAAUGGGUCGAAGACAAAUCGGGCUACUGAGAAAGGGUACUGGAAGACUACGGGGAAGGAUCGCCCAGUGCGUCACAACUCGCGGAUUGUCGGAAUGAAGAAGACCCUGGUUUAUCACAGUGGUCGAGCGCCGCGUGGUACUCGUACCAAUUGGGUAAUGCAUGAGUACAGAAUGGCGGAUGAAGAAUUGGUGAAAGCAGGAAUAGCUCAGGAUGCUUUUGUGCUCUGUAGGGUUUUCCAGAAGAGCGGUGCAGGGCCGAAGAAUGGGGAGCAGUACGGAGCCCCCUUUGUAGAGGAGGAAUGGGAAGAUGACGAGGUGGCUCCAGUGUCAGGUGAAGGGGCUGUUACUGAUGAAGUUUUAAUGGGUGAUGGUAUUGAUGCUUUUGUUGAAAUGAACGAUCUUGAGCAGAAUUUUGACAGGGACUUAGCGUCUGCUAAUGCUGCUCUUCCACUAAACAUGUGUUAUGGGGAGAGUAGUAGCUAUCCUGAACCGGAGCAUUCCUUGGAAACCAUUGAAGAGCAGAAGCCCUUGGUAGGCACUGGUGGAACUUGUGAACCUCAAGAGGAACGGUUCCUGAAUAUACCUGAGCAGUAUGCAGCUGAUGGAAAUCCUCUUAUCGUCAUGGAUCAUGCACUUAAUGAUCCAUACUUGGAUGCUUUUGAUUUUCCUCAGAUUGGUGAUGGUUCAUUCCUUGAAACCAAUGAUCUUUUGAAUCCCAUUGAGGCAGAUCUUGAUGUUCAGGACAUGCUGUAUGAGUAUCUUAACUACUUCGAUGCUGAUGAUGAUAUUUCCAAGUUUAUGUCUUUUGAGUCUCCUCUGGUUAAGAGUGGUGUAGAAUCAGUUCCUGACCAAGGACCACCUUUCAUUCAGAAUAUGGGUAAAGAACCCAACGUGGCAAGUGAGCAGAAUUUUGAUAAAGCACCUUGUAGUAAUGGAGCUUCCUCUUCUAAGCAGAAUCCAGAAUUGUCAAAAUCAGUAGCAGGGGUAGGAGAUAUGAAUCCAUUGACAAAAAGGGCCAGUCGCUUGUUGGACAGCAUCCCUGCACCUCCUGCCUUUGCUUCAGAGCUUCCUCCUAAAGACAUUGCUCUUCGGCUUCAUUCUGCUGCUCAAUCUUCCAGUCAUGUAACUGCAGGUAUGAUUAGAGUAACUAACAUUACUCUUAGAGGUAACGGGAUGGACUGGACGCUGGGCAAGAAUGGAGGGUUCAACUUCGUGAUCUCUUCUGAUUUUUCUCAACCUAAUAAUAAUUCUGAUGCGUUGGUCCCGGUUUCUGGCUUGCUUUCCGGCAAGAGUGCCUUUUUGGUGUCACAUUGCUGGUUUUUCUUGAUGCUCUUUUCGGUUCUUAUUCUCUCACUGAGUUGCAAGAUUGGGAGUUGCAUGUAUGCUGCUGGUAAAUGACACACGGAAGGCUAUGUGUAUGAUGUAAUAAGCGAUAAGCUGCAUUCAGCUGAUAGUUCUUUGGUAUCAAUACACUCAUUGAAUGACUAGGAUCUUAAGACUCUGUAGAGUUCUCUGUAGUUAAAUUUUGUCAGACUGACUGCUUAGCUGAUACGGAGUUGUUUUAUACUACACGUGUUCAUUGUAAUUUAUACAUUUUUAUAUUCAUAUUUUUGGUUUCGGGAUGUCAACAGCUUGACUAGUAUUUGGUUUAUACAGUAUAUAAUAUACGUUGCUAUUAUAGGUUA